UUUUCAUUAUAACAGCAGGAAAUGGACCGAAACUCGUUCAUUUUUCUGUUGGCUCUGGCCAACUUAAGACCUUUUCAGCAGAUCUUCAUGUUUCAUAAUUUUUUUUGCGCGAACUUAAAGAUAACAAAUAAAUUAAAAGGCCUUAAUCUGUGUGAUAUAAUUGAUUAUUGUGAUCAAAGAGCCAAAUAUUAAGAGCAAGGCAAACCCCAAAUCUCGUCUGACCACGUUUAAAGGUUAUUUCAACUACGGAACAAAGAACAGAACUAAGCCAGGCGCAUAUCGAUGGCGUGCAGUAGGCCAAGGAAGACCUGUAAGCCAGGGGAGCAGCCAGGGGAGCAGCCAAUGGAGCAGCAGCAUACUUGGCGAUGGCUGGAGCAGCAACUGGAGCAGCUGCUAUCACUGGAGCAGCGGCGAUGCUAUUGAGAUUAUGGGAAAACACCUGGCUGCUGGUAGCAGUCACGUAAGGAGCUGGAGCUGCAACUACUGCAGUUGGAGCAGCAGCCACAACUGGCGCACUAUAAGCCACCUGCCCGCUCAGAAGGAGACCCAGCUUGGCAGAAGCACAGGCGAUAAUUGCGAGGAUAACAAUGACCGUUGUCAUCUUUGGCAUCGUCGCCUGUGCUGCUGCCCGGCUCUGCGUGUUCUUGGCGAGCAGCUUACUUAUACUGCUCCAAUUGUGACUGCUCCUCUAGCUGCAGUAGUUGCCGCUCUAGCACCCUAUGUGACUGCAGCGAGCAGUCAAGUGCUUUCCCAUAACGUCAAUGGCAUUGCUACUGCUCCAGUGAUCGCUGCUGCUCCAGUCGCCGCUCAUGCUGUUGCCAAGUAUGCUGCAGAUCCCUUGCCUGCUUCACUUCCCUAUGGAGCUGCACCACGCUAGCUACUGCUGUUGCUGCCACAUGAUGGGUCUUAUCCUCAAGUUGGGCUCGAUUUUAGGCUAAAUAAAAACCGAUUAUCCCUUAA